AUGGGACCGUUGAGAGUUAAGGAAAAACAAUGGAUAAGCAAUUUUGGUCGAUUACGCUACUGCUCUGCAUUUGGUGCAUGUUUAGUACUUGAUAAUCAAAAUGAUUGUAAUUUGAGGUUGGAAGAGGAGCGACGCUUGAAAGAACUGCGAGAGCAAGAAAGGCGUAACGCGGAGCAGCGUGAACGUGAACGUCAGGAGGCGCUGGAGCGUGAAGCACAUCGUCAGCGUGAAGAUCGCCGUAGCCGUGACAAAUUGGAUCAGAUAGCGCGUGAAAUCGAGGAAAAAGAGAAAAUGGAAGCGGAAAAACAGCGUCUGCUGGCACAGAUAACCAGUCACGAGCAGCACAAGGAUUUGCUGACGUCGCGAGAAACUCUGGAGAAGCUAACCAAGCCACCGUAUUAUUCGAGGGAAAAUUUGGCCACUAUUCCAUACGGAUCGAAGGAAAAUUUGAGCAUUGGUGGUGGGAGUGAAGUGACAACUAAAGUUGAAAGACAAGUAAUCGAACGUGUUGAUCGGACGGUGUGGUCCAGUGAUCCCAGGUAUUCUUUGUGA